UUUUCUCAGCCUGCGCGACCCCUUUGCAUCCUCUCUUCCUUUUGUUCCCUUCAUCAACCAAAUCAUUCUUCUUCUGAUCACAACACCGAGCUCAUCUUCAAACCAACCUCCUGAAUCUAGGGCACUCAGCUACCCUUCAACCCCCUCGUCAACCUCCGAUUCCCCAAGGCAGCCUCUAGCUACCUGAGUUAUUUACAUUCCACAAGUCCCAAACACACAUCAACAAUCUACUUGUGCCUCAGCCACAAUGUCUUCUGCCGUCGACAACCUUGCCGAAAACCUCCAGAACGCCGGUCUCGAGGACACCUCUGCUGCCAACAACGAGGCUGUUCUGGCUUCUGCUGCCGAAGGGCGUCGAUUGUACAUCGGGAAUCUCGCUUAUGCGACAACUGAGGCGGAACUCAAGCAAUUCUUUUCAGGCUACGAUGUCGAGUCAACUUCCAUCCCCGUCAACCCACGUACCAAUCGUCCUGUCGGCUAUGCCUUCGUCGAUCUGAAGACUGCCGAAGAGGCGGAAAAGGCCAUCCAGGACCUGUCAGGCAAGGACAUCUUGGAGCGCAAGGUGUCUGUCCAACUUGCACGCAAGCCCGAUCAGACUGCCGCUGGUGAAGGUACUGGCUCAGGCGCCGAGGGUGAGCGCAAGAGAUCUGCUGGUCGUGGUCGUGGAGGUCGCGGACGUGGCCGUGGUGGCCGUGCUCGAGGUGGCGCAAGAACAAAUGAAAACGCCGGCGCUGCUACCACUGACCUGGCUGAGAACCCUCUUCCUUUGACCGACGUCACUGCCGACGCCAACAAGGGUGACCUUGCCACUGAUUCGAAGACUGCCCGCGCUCCUCGCCCACCCAAGCAACGUGGACCACCAGAGGACGGCAUCCCAUCCACCACCAAGGUGAUGGUUGCCAACCUGCCAUACGAUCUUAGCGAAGAGAAGCUCAAGGAAUUAUUCGCCGACUACGAACCCAGCUCUGCUAAGAUUGCUCUUCGUCCCAUCCCUCGCUUCAUGGUCAAGAAACUUCAAGCUCGCGGUGAACCUCGCAAAGGUCGUGGCUUCGGAUUUGUCACUCUCGCCUCUGAGGAAAUGCAGAAGAAGGCAGUUGAGGAAAUGAACGGCAAGCAGAUCGAGGGUCGUGAGAUUGCGGUCAAGGUCGCCAUCGACAGCCCAGGAAAGGAAGACGGUGCUGAGAUCACAGGUGAAAACGGCACCAAUGGUACCACUGAAGAGGUUGCUGCUGAAUAAACGUCAACAUGAGCACGCGAGCAAUCAAAGACAACGAAUGAAGGAUCCGAUAUUCUCUUAGCGAGGCAUACUCGUACUCAAGGGACCCGGAAGGCUUAAGUGCUCUUUCCGUCUUGAAAGGGUGACGCUGGAGCUGAAAUAUCGAUCAGUCAAUGAGGUUGAUGGAUCAGCCCUGACAAAAGUAUGCUUCUUGCCGAAAAGGCUGUAUCUUGCAAUACCAUAAUCUUUACUUCUUGAAAACACUCCACUUGAAUUGGAUUCUCUCG